UUCAAGAUGGUCGACGAGUUGCCAGUUCCAUCUGUUUAUGAUGAGCCAGAUGAGGAAGAUGAUGUAGUUGACGAGAUUGAUGUCUAUUUAGCCAAAAAUCUGGCUGAAAACCUUUACCUUUUCCAGUAUCUAAGCCGUCCAGCUGCAGUGAGCUACGACAAGACAGCAUGUUUAUCAUCAAGGGUAAAACCAAAACAACAAAAGGUAAUGCUGGAAAUGUCGUUAAACACAUCUGGUCCCAGUUACUGCAAAUCUAAAGGGGAACAAUUUGCCUGGGAAGCUGACCAUGCUGCAUCAGAUGAUAAAAAAUUCUUCAGAAGUGACAGAAUGGACAAGCAAGUCUUGCUCUCUUCCCAAGGAACAGUUUCAACAUCACAGUAUGCAGUUGGUCUGCUGAGAGAUGGGGAAAUUCAUUUAACACCUCUCAAGGGGGUUGUUCAAUUGAGGCCCAGUUUUGAAUAUUUGGAUCGUAAUCAGGAGAAAAAGCCAACUAACCAGGAGGAAGGUGAUUCACAAGAUGAAGAUGAGGAAAAGGCCACUGCUUUGUUGGUUAGGUUUGCUAAGAAGGAAACUGAACAAGCCAAAGCUCAGAGGCUGUCAUCCUAUAAACAUCUUGAGAAACAGAUGUCGGAAGAACCAUGGACUGAAGUUGAAUAUUUUGGAAUCAAUGACACAAAAAGUGUUGAGGAACGAAAUUUGCUGUUUUGUCAAGAAGUGAAUACUGAGGUUUUAGAAUUUGAUGCAACCUCAAGUAGUUAUGUUGAGAUGUUGAUGCCUACUACAGCAGAGGUUUCAAGUGAUUUAAACUCAUUGCCAACCAAAUUCACAACGUUAGCUCAUGUACGAAAAAUGGACAUAAUUGACCAAGUUAGGAAUCGCUUAAUAGAGGCUAAAUUAAUGACAUUCUCGGAGAUCUCCAAUGCAUUGCUUCCUCCAGCAAACGACGUUACUGUGUUGAAAUGUCUACAGCAACAUGCGGUUCUUGUUCAAGGAUCUUGGGUUGUUAAAAGUGAAUUACUUUAUCCAAAAGGAAAAACAAGUGCUUUCAGCUCCUCAACAUCAGAGACAUUAUGUGUUGCAAGAGACUACAUCCUUUACAGAUUCACCGAAUCUCGUAUCGUUCAAAGAAGCGACGUGAUUUCUGUGGUCAAGCUGACAGUAAAUGAUGUGAAUGAUCUGCUACAGCAGGUUGCGACCAGAAUCGUCAACGUUGGCUGGGAAUUCAAGCUGCCUUACGACCAAGAUUUUGUUCAAAAGUUUGGCGAUGUCGUAAAACAACAGUCAUCGUUCUGGACGACAAAAUAUCAAACUCUUUCUGAGAGGUAUCAUUUAAAGAACGAGGUCGACAACUCAGACGAAGUCAAAGUAACCAAGACUAAUGCUACCACCAGCCGCCCACCUGAAGUCAAAUGUGCAGUCGAGCCUUCGCCCAGUAUUUCUGAAACACAGAUAAAUCAGAAUGCUUGUAAAGAACUCGUCGUCAAAGACACAGAAACUAAACUCUCACCGCAGGAUGAAGAAAAAUUAUUAAAUCAUCUUGUGAAAUUUGUCAAAGACAAACUGAAUACAAGCAGUUUAAGCUUAGCAGAAUUUAAAAAACUCCUGCUACUUCAUCAUCACUCAGCGGGGUCACAAGAAGAUGUCCUCUCUUCUGGUGUUACAGAUUCAUUACUUUUGAAAGCAAUUGCUAAAUGCGAUGGAGAAGAAAUUGAUCUUAAGUGGCCCACGACAUCACAAUAUCCAUCAGAUUUAAAUAGUCGUAGAAUUUUUGUCGUUCGAAGUCUUGGCAGUCCCUUAGACAAGUAUCGAAGCGUCAUACUGAACAUGUUUCACGGAGCUUUCUCUGUUCAGCGAAGAAUGAUCAUGGAAAAAUCACGACAGGUUCUCGGCACUGCACCCACCGCCUCGGAGUAUAACAAAGUUAUACAGGAGUUGGGGCUCGAACGAAAAGGGGCAUGUUGGUUCAUUCGUGGAACGCAGCCGGGCACUCUACGAACAUAGGCUGGAAAUUGUCUAACAACUGGAGGAUUUCCAACACUGGCUUACUACAUCCAGAGUCGUGCCUGCUAAAUGAACCGAAGGCACAAGAAGAGAAAAUAUUGCAGGUUAGAGUGACGUUAUUAAAAACACAUGAGAAUGGAGCUAUGUUGCGUGGUAAAGACUGCAAAAAGCAAAAGUACAGGAUAAAAUAUCCAAAUUAAGGUACCGGAUAAAAUAUCGCUUCGUUUACAUUAAACUGGGGUUGAAUUUAACUGCAUUUGAAAUUCUAAGAAACAUUUACAUCGGAUGAAUAAAAUAAGGAAAGCGCAGAUGACAAAUAACGUUUUUAAUCUAAAAUUAAUUUCAAACAUUAUUCCUGUUACAUCAAUGUUUAUCACAAUACUCUUCAAUAAUCAACUAAGAAUCGUUCCUUUUAAAUUUAAAUAUAUAAUGCUACAAUUUAUUGUAUAUAU